AAGGUGAAAAAAGCUCUGAGCGGAGCAGCCAUCUUGCCUCUGGUCGCCUGGAGAGAGUGGAAGUGAAGACGGAGGGCAGCCGAGUGGGAAGGCGCCAACCGCGGUUGUUUAUUUAAAUUCAGUCCGGGAUAAUUUACCUCACGGUUCCACCCCCCACAUCGAAGACACGCUGCGCGGAUGUGGAUGCGGUUGCGGUUUGUGGUUCAGGAAACCCGUUGAUCAUCAAACGGGCUCUUAGCUGCGGGGCUAAGCUAACGGCUAGCCGGGCCAGCUAGCUGCUCGAUGACCGAGCUGUGGUCGUCGGCGGCGGAUUGAGGGCUGCAGCUCCGGCUGAUCGUCGGAGGCUGUUUUUCAGACGUGGACUCUGAUCCCGGAUCACACCAGCACCCUGAUGCUGCUCGUUGUACACCCAGAUAUGCAGUGACGGCUGUGUUAUCUCUGGAUGUGUCGGUUAUUUGGGGAACACGGGAGGUUUAUGUAAACAGGAGCAGGAAUUUAGCAGCAGCUCGACCUAAUCCCGCUGCGACUCUCACGAAAUCACUGCAGAUCGAUGGAAGCGUCUUCUGUGUUGCCUCGUAAAUGAUUUUCUGCUCCAUUUCUACUCGAAGCUGAACAAUCGCAUCUGACAGCUCCUGCAGGUACUCAGUGAAGCGGCCUGUUGACUGUCUGUGAGCCCGAUGAGGAGAGCCGACAGCCGGACCAUGGUAGAGCUCCUCCUCGGUGCCCAGGCCUGUCCCUACACUCGCGUUAUCUCAGGAUUUGCCUCGUCUCACCCAGCGUGUGUCCGUGAUUCCCGUUAGACGGACCACCGGAAUCAGCUGUUGGACCGGGGAAUGGUGCAGCUGCUUGGUGUCCAUUAGAGUCAGAGCCGGUUUAAAAGGACGGUGAUCCCGGUCCGAGUGUGGGAUUAAAACUGAAAUAAAGCAUUUAAUCUGCGGAUCCACCAUGGGAUCAGCAACCAAACUGGCCUUCAGUGUUUUCCUCAUCUCCUGCUCCUCAGGUGCCAUCCUGGGCCGCUCAGAGACCCAGAAGUGUGUCCACUACAACUACAACCCUUUGUCGUCCUCGUCGUCGCCGGAGAACCAGGGCAACGCCAGCAGGGUGGUGACCUGCUCCGGGGAGAAGGAUAAGAGGCUGCACUGCUUCGCCACCUGGAAGAACGUCUCCGGAGUGGUGCAGGUGGUCAAACAGGGAUGCUGGCUGGACGAUCACAACUGUUACGACAGGAACGAGUGUGUCGAGAGGAAAGAUACUCCUGAAGUCUUCUUCUGCUGCUGUGAGGGAAGUUUGUGUAACUACAAGUUCUACUACAGCCCCAACAGCAGCCAGACGCUGGUGCCCAGUAAGAUACGCCUGUCUAAAUCCUCUGUUUUCAUAGCGACGAACAUCCCAGUAACGCAGAGGCCUUCGGUGGUGACCACUCUGAUGUACUCGCUGCUUCCCAUCAUGGCCGUGACCGCCAUCGUCCUCUUGUCCUUCUGGAUUUACCGGCACAACAAACUGGCCUACCCACCUGUCCGGGUGCCCACACAGGACCCGGGACCCCUGCCGCCUUCACCCAUCCUGGGACAGAAGCCGCUGCAGCUGCUGGAGGUCAAAGCUAGGGGGCGCUUCGGCCACGUGUGGAAGGCUCAGCUGCUCAGCGAAUACGUGGCCGUCAAGAUCUUCCCCAUACAGGACCGCCAGUCGUGGCAGAACGAGUACGAAAUCUACAACCUGAACGGGAUGAGACACGAGAACCUGCUUCAGUUCCUCGGAGCCGAGAAGAGAAGCAUCAACAUGGAGCUGCAGCUGUGGCUCAUCACCGCCUACCACGAGAAGGGUUCUCUGUCCGACUACCUGAAGGCCAACAUCCUGUCCUGGUCUGAACUCUGUCUCAUUGCUCAGUCCAUGUCCCGAGGCCUCGCCUACCUGCACGAAGACAUACCUGGACACAAGGACGGACACAAACCUGCCAUCGCACACAGGGACUUUAAGAGUAAGAACGUCCUGCUGAAGUCCAACCUGACGGCUUGUAUUGCCGACUUCGGCCUCGCUCUCCGGUUUGAGGCGGGGAAAUCUCCAGGAGACACACAUGGACAGGUGGGGACCAGGAGGUACAUGGCCCCCGAGGUUCUGGAGGGAGCCAUCAACUUCCAGAGGGACGCUUUCCUGAGGAUAGACAUGUACGCCCUGGGCCUGGUGUUGUGGGAGCUCGCCUCUCGCUGCAAAGCUGCCGACGGUCCGGUUGACGAGUACCGGCUGCCGUUUGAGGAGGAGGUGGGUCCACAUCCAUCUCUGGAGGACAUGCAGGAGGUGGUGGUCCACAAGAAGCAGAGACCGACCCUUCGGGAGUGCUGGCAGAAACACACUGGUCUGGUGGUUCUGUGUGAGACCAUCGAGGAGUGCUGGGACCACGAGGCCGAGGCCCGGUUGUCGGCCGGCUGCGUGGAGGAGCGAGUCGUUCAGAUGCAGCGUCAGACGAACGUCACGGCGCCCGAGGAGAUCGUCACGGUCGUCACCAUGGUAACCAACGUGGACUACCCACCCAAGGAGUCAAGCCUAUGACUAGGCUGAGGACCAAUCGGAGCCGGUUUUUAGACUCAGGUGACCUGCUGAUGGCGGUAGGACGACGCCACGGACAGACUCCACCCUCUGACAUCACCUCCUGUUUUUUUUUUUACUCCAGAAUAAAAGACUUUUUGUACGAUAACGAGACUUCAGUUUAAAAAAGGGCGACUUUCUCUGAAUGAUGCCAAUAAGAAGCAGAAUGUCUGUAUCCCUGCUGUGUAAAUACAGAUCAUUACUACACGUACUGUAAUCAAUCACCUGAGGCCAAGGAGGCCGAUAAUCAGGUUAUUGAUCUGGACGGGAGGCCUGUUGCUUCUCCCAACGUCUGAACUGUGGAAGAAACGAAGCAGAGCGGCCCGUCGGUCAUCAGUCCUCUCGGUGUCGGAGCAAAGCAGGUGUUCACAGGUGAAAUCAGGAUCAGCUGUGAGUUCAUCCUCUAACAGGACAAUCGCUUUGACGCCUUCUGUCUGUAGAACAUCAGAGAACUUCUGCUGGUCGACGUCUUCGGAGGUCUUGUUUGGUUCGAGACGAUCUGUUGCAGCAAACUACGUUCAGGAAUCGUACAAAUCGAGACGUCUGAAGGCGUCGCUGCUCUGAGGUUUUAUCAGCUGAAUUAUUUAUUGUUUAACUGGAAAGAGAGUGUCACUCCAUCAUUGAUCAUUUCUGAUUUAAAAAAUUUUACCUUCGGAGUAAAAAGACAAUCAGUUUCUUGUUUUUAGUCUGAGAAGAUCGUCCAUCAGAAACCAAAGACCCAGAGUCUAUCGGCCCGCUGAGCAGUAACACUAAAAAAAAAGAAAAAAACACUAAUAAUUAAACGGUUUGGAGUCCCUCAGAAUAUGAAGAUUAGAAACAGCCUCCCCUGUUUGCAGUGAAUAUUUAAAGCAUGUCUGUGUUUAUUUUCCUCCUCACUCUGUUUCCUCCUCUUCCUCCCUGUUUGUGGUUCCUUCCGACUCUGAGCCUCAGAACCAACGAGUUGAACAAACGACCCGACGUUUAGAAAUGUUUAUAUUUAUUUGCACAUUAAAGAAGAUAAAAUGUAAAGAAAGAAAUUAAUUCAGCAUUGGUUCGAAAUCCAAAACACACCAAAAAAAUCUAAUGCUUCUUGUUGUGAAACAAGGUCAAAGAAAAACAAAAAUGAAACCAUUUGAGUUGAUUCAUGAUACGCUCCACAGGAUCCGCCAAUAUCUUGCCGAUAGACAAUGAAUUCAUUCGUCUGUCGGCAUCGGCAAUUUCCCGCUUCCUAUUCAUGUUCUAUGGGAAACGCACCGCAUUGAAUGCUGGUUCCGUUGCGGUGCAUUUCAAACUACUUCAUGCAAAUUCGAUGCGGAGUGAGGAGGUCCGACACAUCGCUAAACUUUCGUCUACACUAGCCAUCGUUCGACUAAAACCAGGAUGGAUUCAGAAGCUUAUUUCUGGCCUCAAAUGCUUUCAGAAACACUCGUCGAACUGUUUUCGUAAUAAAAGAGGACUUUGGAGCCGCGGCGUUGGUCCGACGUUUCUGCCGGACUCAACCUGGAAGGUCGAUUUUCAGAUGUGGUGCGUUUCCGUGCCAGAAAAACGGAUUCUGUGGAUGCGUACCAUCAGAAACCAGAUUUAUGUUUCUUCUCCAUCCUUGCCUGUGUGCAUCGGGUUCCAGGCUCCAGAUGUUUGGUGGCUCCAGAUGUUUAGUGGAUUUUAAAGCAUCUCAGGAAACGUGUAGUUUUUGUUUCUGCCACGACGACGAAGCACUCGUCGCUCUGCUUUAACUGCUUUCACAAACUUUAAUACAUCAGCCGGCCGCCGAUAAUUUAUUCCUCCAGAUGUUGCCGGCAGCAGCUGGUCCAGAUGUUUUCGGACCUUUUUAAACUGCAGUUUAGACUGCAGCUGUAACCUGACGCCUGACGUUUAGCUCCGCCUCCCUUCAGGCCGACAGGGCGUUCGAUUGGCCGCUCACCUGCGCAGAGCCAGGAACAGGUGACUCGGUGUCGGCGGGUCUCAGACAGGAAGCCAAACCUGCACAGUUUGUACAUAUGAAUGUUGUUUGAGGCGUCAGCAUGAGUUAGUUUUUAUGAACGCUGCACAGAAAAAUCCUUCUAAUGUCAAUGAAAAAUCCUGUAGAUUAUUUUAUAUGAAAACUUUAAUUUAUGUCGUUCACACCAAUUGUGUGUGCGUGUGUGUCUGUGCGUGUGUAUGUGUCUCUGAUACCUGCUGGUGCUCCUACUCUCAUCAUGACAUCAUCAUGACAUCACAGUCCCAUCACACUGACGUUCAUCAACUAGAGAAGCUUCAUUAUUGAUUACGCUGCCGAUCAAUAACCUCGCUUUGUCCGACCGACUCAGGGUUUUUUAUAAGACUUUGACUGAGCAGUUUUGAGCCGAUCGACUGAUUUAUCGUUAAUCCGAUCGGCUGUUUUCUGAAGUGCCACGUUCUCAGGUGAAACAGGAAACGUGAACGUCGGUCUGAACGUCGAGCAGAUUAAUCAAUAAUGAAGCUGAUCGGCUGCACUUGUUCAACAGAUAAUCAAUAAGCUGUGUGAAGCAGCAGCAGCGUCUGAAACGUGAGACUCCCCUUUAUGUUCUAACUGGUUUUUAUCCCCUCAGAUUGAACUUUAUGCUGGUUCCCAGUUUGCCGACGCAGAGCUGAAGUGGGUUUGUAGAUGUGUUGCGGUGCGUUCAGGGUCCUGCUGGACUCUGCAGCUCUGUGUCUGCUGCUGGUGUGAUGUGCUACUGUAUCUGAUUCUGUUUAACAUGAAUAAAACUUGUUUUGUUUCAACGAA